GAAAGCAGAGCUGUGAAGCAGGUCCCAGGGCUGCUCAGGCAUGUCCGACGUGGAAUUUGGGCAGAUGUCUAUCAAGGAGGCCGAGCUGGACGGGCCCUGCAGCCCCCGCAAGCCACACUGGUUUGAACAGUACCUCCAGCCCUGUCUCGGGGAGCUGGUGGGCUCGGCGUUCUUCAUCUUCAUCGGCUGCACGUCCGUCAUCGAGAACACGGAGGGCACGGGCAGGCUGCAGCCGGCCCUGGCGCACGGACUGGCGCUGGGGCUCACCAUCGCUGUCCUGGGGAAUAUCAGCGGAGGCCAUUACAACCCUGCCGUGUCCCUCGGAGCGUGGCUCGUUGGCGGGCUGAACAUGGUGCUGGUCAUUCCUUACUGGAUCUCACAGCUGUGUGGAGGACUGAUUGGGGCAGGGUUUGCCAAGGUGGUGUCAGCCCAGGAGAUGUACCGAAACACCACAGGGGCCGCCUUCACCACCAUCAAGUCAGACGACCAGCUGCUCGCGGCGGUGGUGGGCGAGAUCCUGAUGACGAUGUUUCUGGUCAUGGCCGUCUGCAUGGGGGCAAUCAACGAGAAGACCAGAAGCCCUCUGGCCCCCUUCUGCAUUGGCUUUACUGUGGCGGCGGACAUCCUCGCAGGGGGCGCGAUCUCGGGGGCCUGCAUGAACCCCGCCAGAGCCUUUGGCCCUGCCGUGGUUGCGGACUACUGGGACUACCACUGGGUGUACUGGGUCGGGCCCAUAUGUGGCGGGCUCCUGGUCAGUGCACUGAUAAGGUUCCUGAUCGGGGACAAGAAAACUCGCAUCUUCCUGAAAUAAGCGCACCCGAGGAGGCGCCGCGGAAACCGGGCGCUGCGCCGCCGCCCUGCCCGCCCUGCCCCUGGAUUCCGCCGCUGGCCCCCUAUUUAUUGCGGCUCC